CAUGGAUGUGGGAGGAGCUUUGCAUUGCUCCAUAACUUGUCCAGUUGUGAAAUGCUGACCUGUUAAAAAAGACCUUUUAAGUCAGAGUGAGAGAUUUCUGGGAGACCUAUCAGCACUAAAAUGACCACCACAGAACAGCCCAUUCUCCUAGCAGCCGUAUCACUGUUCUCAGCUCUUCAUUUGGGGUUUCAGGCAAGGCGCGUCGGCUGGUCCAGGAUGAAGUAUAAAAUCAUGCCCCCUGCAGUGAAUGGACCACCAGAGUUUGAGAGGACCUUUCGGGCACACCAGAAUGGAGUGGAGUUUUAUCCAGUGUUCCUAGUGGUGUUGUGGACAUCUGGGCUCUUCUGUAAUGAAGCUCUAGCUGCUCUAGGGGGGCUCGUAUAUGUUGUAGCCAGAGAGAUGUAUUUUACCGGCUACGCAAAUUCUGCCGAAGGACGGUUGCCAGGGUUUUACUUGAUGAUAUGUGUCCUCCUCGCUCUGGCUGUGACGGCUGCAGUUGGCAUCAUUCCCUCAUUCCUGGAUAAAUACCUCAGCAUCAAAAUCCUGUCCAGAUCUAUAUGACUUUCGGUCAUUAUUAACUUCAAGAGACCUGUCACAAUCAUGGGAGGAUGACUAAAGAUUAACUGCCAUAGAAAUAACUGUGAUUAAGGAUAAAUAUUUUUUGGGCUCACUGUGUUGCAUUUAUUUAAGUGGAAGCCUAAAGUGGCCUAAUUGUUUGAUUAGCUGUCUUGCUGCCCAGUUGUUGAUACUUAGUAGCUCCCAACUAAUGACAAAAUGCUCAAAUAAACAAACAUUACUCAUAGGCAAACAAACAUUAAGUAAACAACCAUUAUUCACCAGCGACCUCUAAAGGUGUUAUUAAUAAAUAAAAAAUAAACAAAUGUUACCCUUGCCCUCUAAAGUUUUAACAACAAUCAAAUAAACAAACAUUACUCACUGCUGCCCUCUAAAGGCGUUUUAACAAACAUCAAAUAAACAAAUAUUACUCACCACCAUCCUCUAUAGGUGUUUCAUAAGAUCCAUUAUGUCUCUCAAUAAAAGCAGUUUCUGCUUUUUUAUA